AUGGAAGUGGACGUAUGGGCGAAUGUGGACGAGUGCCUCUGGGAGUAUAUGGGGAUAUUCGUCGUCCCUGCUGUCGCUGUUGCGCUUGCUAUGCGGAUAGGUGUUCAACAGGCUGUCGCAUAUGCCGCGGACAACGAGGAGCGUUGGGAGGAGGUUGUGGACGUGGUGGUGGCUGUUGCAGCUUCUUCUCCUGCUGCGACUCUCGUGGCAGCUGAUUUAGAGGCUCCUGUUUGA